AUGAGUGCAGCUUACUCGAACUCGUCGCGCGCUCUCGCCUUCCUCUCCGAGACCUCCGAGGAUGCCAUCGCUACCCUCAAGGGCCUCGUCGGCGGCGUCGGCUCAGCAAAGUACCUCGACACCUCAGAGGACAAGCUGUCAACCAUCGCCACACAGAUCGACUCCAGUAGAGACGAAGAUCGCAUCGCAGCGCUCACCCGCAUCGUCGCCAUGAUCUCCAAGGGUCGCGAUGCAUCUUCCUUCCUUCCAGCCGUCCUCAAGCUCACCUCGUCGUCCAACCUCGACGUGCGCAAGCUCGUCUACAUCGUUCUUCUACGCUACGCCAACAGCAACCCAGAUCUGACGCUGCUCAGCAUCAACAGCUUCCAACGCGACCUCUCGGAUCCCAGUCCGCUCAUUCGAGCCAUGGCACUGCGCGUGCUCAGCAGCAUCAAGGUCAGCAUGGUAGCGCCCAUCGUCAUCAUGGCAGUCACAAAGGCCUCUCGCGAUCCGAACCUGUACGUGCGCAAGAUCGCUGCUCUUGCCAUUCCAAAGUGCCAUCAGAUCGACCGAUCCCAGCUCGACAGUCUGCAAGAGGUUCUAGCCACGUUGUUGGCGGAUCGCUCGCCGUACGUCUUGGGUGCCGCCCUUUCUGCAUUCCAACGCAUGUGUCCGACAAAUUGGCAGCUGCUCCAUCAGAACUACCGCAGGAUAUGUCAUGCGCUCUCGGACAUGGACGAGUGGGGUCAGAUCACUGCGAUUCAAGUGCUAUCGCGAUAUGCCAGAGCAAAUCUCGUCCAGCCUCCGAUCAGAGGUACGUCAGCCCUCAACGCUGCGAAUCUGACAUCGAGUACGAAGCCGUCGACCACCAAAGAGACGUCUGCCGCUCCACCGAAGACUGGGAGCAGCAUCCCGACUGACAAAUCAAACGAUGUCGAUGGUCUCGAAUCCUUCCUGUCGACCGAAGCCAGCACAUCAAUAGCCUCCGCCAAGCCUUCCAAUGCCGACAAGGCAGAGUCAUCCACACCACGCUCUCCAUCCGACCUCGACCGUGAUCUAGAGCUCCUUCUCAGCAAGUCGCAUGGCUUGCUACGCAGUCGCAACCCCGCCGUCGUCCUUGCAGUGGCACGAUUGAUCCUCUACCUCUCACCCACUUCAGACCACAUACUUCUAGUGCGUCCCCUCGUCAGACUAGUCCGCUCCACUCCCGACAUCAGCUACAUCGUCCUUCUCAACAUUCUCGCGAUCGCACGCCAGCACCGCUACCUCUUCGCGCCUCACGUCACGUCCUUCCUGCUAGGCCCGUCGCACGAGGAGCCUCUCUUCCUCUCGCUUCUCAAGCUCGAUGUCCUCGUCGCCGUCUGCAACACCGGCAACCUCGAUCUGGUCCUGACCGAGAUCGCGAGCCACAUGCGAUCCGCAGAUGCGAGCAUCGCCGCGCACGCCGUUUCGUGCCUCGGCGAGCUGGCGCUGAGCAAAGAGCUCGAGGCGGGCUCGAGAUGCCUCGCGAUCCUUCUCGACCUGCUGCGCAAGCGCAAGUCAGGACCUCGCAUCCACGAUUCCACCAUCGCACGUGCCGUGUUGGUCAUCAAGAACCUCUUGCAGCUAUCGAGCCUGACGGGGGAGCACGCCGUCGAGUCCAAACGCACUUCAGCCAUCGUCUACCGCCUAGCAGCGUUGCUCUUCGGUACACCACCCAAGAGCGCCGAAGACAAGUCGAAGCGCAAGACCAAACCAAAGGUCAUCGGCAAAGGCGCGAUCAUGCACCCGGACGCAAGAGCAAGCAUUAUUUGGCUCCUGGGUCAGCAUGCGCGCUCGUCCAUCUCCGUUUCCACCCCCGCCGCUGCGGCUCUCCCAAACGGCCAAGGGCAGGAGAGCAAGACGCUGGCCGAGCUGGUCAUCCCAGACGUGCUGCGGCGGUGCGCGCUGAACUUCGCCAACGAGUCGCCAGUUGUCAAGCUUCAGAUCCUAACCAUGUCGAGCAAGGCAUUUGCGUUUCUCCCGACGGUGCUGAUGUCCACGCCGGCGUUGGGCGAGGGUGGGAAGGGUAGGGGGGAGGGGCUGGCAGGUACGGUCACAACGUUGCAUUUCUACCUACUGAAGUUGGCGAGGUACGAUGCGAACUUCGAUGUCAGGGAUCGGGCGAGGUUUUUGAAGGGGUUGACUGCGCCGCUCAUCACACAGAAGAUGGUAGUUGGCGAGGGUGAGGGCGCGACGGAGGAUACGAUCCAGGGAGCGAUCGAGGCAGCAGCGCGGGCGAUGGGUGAAGGCUCGACGGAGGACGGCGAUGCAGAUCUCAAAGGCGUCCGUCUACGACGCGAGCAGGUCAUCCACGUGCUCUUUGAGGGCAAACUUCCGUCUACCACCACCGACACUACAGUCACAGAGAGCGAUGCGACGGGCGGCCCAGAGCUUGCCUCGCUCUCGCUCGUCCUCGGCGGCAAAUUGGUCAAAGGUUGGCUCGACACCAUCCUCCCACCCUGGACGACUACGCCUACCCCAUCGGCGCUGCGCGAACCCCCCGCCGCACAAUCGACCCAGACCACACUGCAAAACACCUCGCUGGCAAACGCAAAGUCCUUCUCCUCGUCCGACUUUUCCUCGCUUCCCGUGUCAAUGCCUGUCACGCUGACGCCGAAGGGGGCCGUCACGCCGACCUCGAAAGGCAGCACAACCCCGAUCGAGCUCGAAGCGGGCACCACGAGCGUGCAGACCCAGCAGCGGUACAAGGAUCUGGAUUCAUUUUUGGACGAGAGCGACGAGGACGAGGUGCAGCAGCCGUAUCUGGAUGACUCGGCGCCUGAGGACGAGGAGUUUGCUGCUGGUGAGGAUGUGUGGGAUGAUGAUGACGAGGAAGAGGAGGACGAAGAAGACUCCAGCUCAGAGGAGGACGACGAGUGA